AUGUAUCUCCGUGCAGUCCACGCAGAGUCCUCCAUCAAAGCCCUUUUCGAAUUCAUCAAGGAGAAUCCCUUGGGUGUCCUCACAACCGCCAUUUCAUCACCAUCCCACCCAUUCAUCCAAUCCAGUCACAUCCCAUGGGUACUGGAUGAGAUUAGUGAUGACCCGGAAGCGCCUAUUAAAGGCCAACUACGGGGCCACAUGGCACGCGCGAACCCUCAAGCUAAAGCCAUGAUCGAGUCUGCUUCCAACACAACCAAGCUGCAGCAGGACGUGAUGAUCCUGUUCACGAAUCAGUACCAUCACUACGUGACUCCAAAGUUCUACACCGAGACUAAGCCUGUUACUGCCAAGGUCGUGCCGACGUGGAACUAUGCCGCGGCCCAGGUCUACGGCAAGGCUACUAUUUACUACGACGCGGCUGCUGAAGAGACCUCUCAAUAUCUGUCGAAACAGAUUGAUGACCUGUCUCGGAUGUGCGAGACCGAGAUCAUGGGCUAUACGGGUCAAGAUGGGAAGCCGGGUCCUUGGGGUGUGACGGACGCUCCGGAGAGGUAUAUUGAUAUCAUGAAGAAGAAUAUCAUUGGCAUUGAGGUGACCAUUGAGAGUAUCGGAGGAAAAGCCAAGAUGAGUCAGGAAAUGGGACAGGGGGAUCGUCAGGGUGUGAUCGAGGGUUUCAAUGCCUUGGGAUCAGAUGUUGGAUCGCAUAUCGCUCAGCAGGUCAAGAAGCGCGGAGAGAUCAAAGAUGCAGGGGCUCAAUCUCAGAAGAAACCUGCUUCUUGA